AUGCACUAUUGGUUUGUUGAAUCACAAAAUGCCCCAGCGACAGAUCCGUUUCUCGUGUGGUUUAAUGGAGGUCCUGGUUGUUCGUCUUUUGCCGGAGCUUUCGAAGAGUUGGGUCCAUUUUACGUGAAUCGUGAUGGAGAGUCGCUUUAUGAGAAUGUUUACGCUUGGAAUAAGUUUGCGAACGUGCUUUUUCUUGAGUCACCGAUUGGCGUCGGUUUCUCCUACAAUACACAGCUAGCAAACGACACCUCUCACAAAGAUGACCUCACCGCUGAUCAAAACUAUGCGGCACUCGGCGAUUUCUUCACAAGAGUCGCCCCCGAGUACUCAAAUCGAUCGUUUUUCUUGACGGGUGAAUCGUAUGCUGGCCAUUACAUUCCCCAAUUGUCGAUUCGCCUUCUUUCCGGCAUCAUCAACGGGACUUUUCCGAAUAAAAAUUUCCUAGGAAUAGCGAUCGGAAAUGGUGAAUUCAGCUCGCAACGCCAGACGAAUUCGAUCAUUUUGUGGAGUUUCUAUCACGGUCGCAUCUCGCUCAAUGAUUGGAAAUACGCAAAAGAGAAAUGCAAAGGCGCCGAUCCCACCGUCACCGACAUUGAUAAAUACGAUUUUUUUUAUUACUUUACGACGAACAACAGCAUGGAUUAUUGGUCGAAUGGGACUCCUUGCGGUGACCUCUUGCAACAAUAUUUGAUUGUGCCCGAUAGCAUGGAUCCGUACAAUUUCUAUCAAGAUUGUUGGAGUGCUGGGAGUAAACAGAUCAAAUCAAAAUCACGUCGCAGUCGAACGCCUGAAAAGUCGAAAGCAAAAGCGAGAAGAGUACGCCGAAACGCGCUUGACUCGAACACAGCGUUAACGUUAAACUACGAGUCAACGGAUAGUCAAUGGGCGUACCCGUGUUGGAACGAUGGAUCGGUGACGAAAUGGGCGAAUCGACGAGAUGUGCAAGCGGCAUUGAAUAUCGAUGUAGCUUGGCAAAAUCAGAAGACAAGUGGCGGUGAUCCGUAUCCGUGGAUGGAUUGCAACGAUCACGCGAUUUACAAUCUUUACUGGAACGACUAUGCAGACACUACUCAAUUCUUCGACGAUAUCAUUAAAAAAGCCGAGUUAGCCGGACAACCAAACUUUCGGAUGUUGAUUUACAAUGGAGACGUGGAUACAGUGUGCAAUUAUUUGGGUGGCGCAUGGCAUUUGCAGAAUAUCGCUGAGAAGAACGGGUUUAACACGAACUCAUCCCGUCAACGCUGGUACUACGCGGAUCAGACAGCCGGCUUUGUGCAACGGUACACGAAGGGAGGGCUGGUCAUCGAUGUAUUGACGGUUAAGGGUUCUGGUCACUUUGUUCCAAACGAUCGUCCGGGUGCCGCGCUACAAAUGAUCACGAAUUUUGUUUCCCUUUCCUCACCAAGCGGUUCGAAUGUGAAUUACAAUCAAUCCGUAAUCGAUUUCAUCCCAAAUCCCCGUCCACUUUUGAACAAAGAUUCAAAAUCUCGUUGCAAGUCUCACCAUUUAUUGACCUAUUCUGGUCCAUCAGAUAAGGCUCUUGGCACAAUAGAGUCAAUAAAACGUGGAAUUAAA